UCAGCUUGUUGCACCCACGAGCGUGUCACCCCGGAGUGGAACUGGGGGCAGAAGCGCGCCCGGCCGGCGGCGGCUGCGGAGGAGAGUUCGCGGGACGGAGCCGGGUGGUGGCGCGGCUCGGCUGGGACCACACUCCUUUUCCAAAGACAGGCUGCCCCGGGGGACCCCCAAACCCAGAGCGGACCGUUUCUUCUUGAAAGUCUUGGCCAGAAACUUUUCCCUCGGUCGCCGGUACCACGAGCGACUUUUUGGCUUUCGGACGGCGCCGCGGGUCCUCCCCUCUGUCCGGCACCCAGCGCCCCUUCUCCAGGCCACUCCUCACUUUCCCUUGGGCCGCCUUUGGGGACCGUCGAACUCUGCCAUGCCUUGGGGAGACUUCCCGAGAUUCGUUCAGCAGCCAUAUGGACCCAGUUGCUGAAGUAAAGGAACCCUGCAGCCUUCCCAUGCUAUCUGUUGACAUGGAAAACAAGGAAAAUGGCUCUGUCGGUGUAAAAAAUUCGGUGGAGAAUGGGAGACCACCCGAUCCUGCAGACUGGGCUGUAAUGGACGUCGUCAAUUAUUUCCGAACAGCGGGAUUUGAGGAGCAAGCUAGUGCUUUUCAGGAACAGGAAAUUGAUGGAAAAUCCCUGCUAUUGAUGACAAGAAAUGAUGUGUUGACAGGACUUCAGUUAAAACUGGGGCCUGCUCUGAAGAUCUACGAGUACCAUGUAAAACCUCUUCAGUCAAAGCAUUUAAAGAACAACUCCUCGUAGUAUGGUCCAGUUGGGGUCUCAGACCUCAAAAAAUGCACAAAGACAUAAUUCAGUUUCAUGUGAUGAAACUUUGUAAACAGAAUACAUACAUGUGUAUAUGUAAAGAAUUUCAACCAAAUGAAACGUUAUCCUAUUGGAUAGACUAGGCAAUCCAUCAGCUGACCUGAAUUCAGUUAGGAGGAGCAAGGAGAACAUGAGAACACGUGGACAGGAUAGUUUUCCUUGUGGGGUUUGUCAAAGAGAGUGAAAGAAAUCAGUCUUUGACAUGAUUAGAUACCCUUCCCCAGAAAAGCUUUGAAGUCAUAAGGAUUUUCUUCAUUUCUUCGUAGAUGGCUUUCCCAAAAUUCAUUUAAAAAUUUAAUGGAAUGAACAUCUUUUGGUUAGACUUGGGAAGGAGGAAAAAGAGAAAAAGAUUGCUGUCUCCCUUGAUUCCCUCUGCUCCUUAGAGCUUGUGUUAUUGGGAUGGAAUUGCUGACACCCUUUUUUAUAGAGGGUCCUCCACUUGACCUUAUUAAGGUUUCACUGGGAUAUGCCGCGAUGUGUGGAAUGAACAUGCAUCUUGGCCCCUUCAGGAGAAAACCGUAGCUCUAAAAGAAAAACUUAGUUGUGUACUGGGGAUAUCCAUCCAUAUUCAGCUAGCUUUCACAGGGACUAAUGGUAUUUUCUGUAUAGAAUGGCUUUUAAAUGGGUUCUUUGUUUCUGGAGAAAGCAUUUUUUCACUUUAUGGUUGUAUUUAUAAUAAUUUGUUUCUGAAGAAAUUUGCCAAGAGUUACAGAUCAAAAAGCCUUGUUGCUAGCACAGAAUAUUUUUAUAUAUAUUCCUUCAUGAUGGUGUAAUAUUUUUUUAAUUGCUCUGAUGCUUUGUUUGAUUCCUGGUUUGAGCACUUGUUUUUAAAAACUUGAAGAAGUGGGCUUGCUACAUCUCUGUUCAAAGAGACAUUUGUUCAACCUCCGUGUGUCGAUGCCUUGUUGGGUUGGUGCUUUGUGGUUGCAAUAAAGCAUUG